AUGAAUUUGAAGAUGCCAGUUCCACAGAGCGAGCAACCUCUCCCCUCGGUAGAGGAACAUACUCAAGCGACAAUCAAAACACUUUUCAAAUUCCUGCACGCACAAGGACAAGGCGAUUAUCUAGGUGAAAAAGUGACUCAACUGGAGCACUCGCUACAAUGCGCACACCUUGCCGCCCAGUCGGCGGAACACGGACAUGACAUGGAAGUCGUCCUCGCCGCGCUCUUGCACGAUGUCGGGCGGUUCAUCCCUGCCGCCGAAAAGAUGGGCAAGAUGGUUACGCCGGACGGCCAGUAUAUUGGUCGACAGAGCCAUGAGAUUCUCGGAGAAGCCUAUCUACGGCAAAUUGGAUUCAGCGAGAAGGUGUGCCAGCUUGUCGGGGCGCAUGUCAUGGCGAAGCGGUACUUGGUCACUACGGACCAGAGAUAUUACGAUGGGUUGAGUGAGACUAGUAAGAGGACAUUGAAGUUUCAGGGAGGCGCAUUCACACCCGAAGAGGUUCGAAAGGCGCAAGAGGAUACUUUGCUCGAGGCCAAGCUCGCUGUUAGGCGAUGGGAUGAUCUUGCUAAAGUACCUAAAUAUGUGGUGCCUCCACUGGAAGCUUAUGAAGAGAUGGCUUUUCAGUGUCUUCUUGAGUCUCGAUCAAAGUUCAAGCUCCACUCUAGGGAAUACAGUCUCCCAACAAAACCAACAGUGGUGAUUUGUAUUGAUGGCUUUGAUCCGGAGUACCUGCAGUCUGGCAUCGAACGAGGUCUUUUGCCGACAUUCAAGACCUUCCUUGACAACGGGUUCCAUGCCACGGCCAAGAGCUGUAUGCCAUCUUUCACCAACCCAAACAACGUCUCGAUUAUUACAGGAGCGCCACCGUCUGUCCAUGGAAUCGCGGGAAAUUUCUUCUUGGAUCGAGAGACAGGUGAAACAAAUAUGAUCACCGAUGACUCUUUGCUUCGAGGCUCGACAUUGCUAGAACAGAUGUUCCAGCGCGGUGUGCGAAUUGCUGCAAUCACAGCAAAAGAUAAGCUGCGCAAGAUCCUUGCUCACGGAUUGAAGGGGUCCAUCUGUUUCUCGUCUGAGAAAGCUGCAGAAUGCACCCUGGAGGAGAACGGUAUUACCGACGUGGAGAAGUGGCUUGGUCAGACCGCACCUAGCCAAUACUCUGGCGACUUGUCUUUGUUCGUGCUUGAUUCAGGAGUCAAACUGCUCCAGGAGAAGAGACCCGACCUUUUGUAUUUGACAUUAUCGGACUAUGUUCAGCACAAACAUGCACCAGGAAGCAAAGAGGCUGAUGAGUUCAUGGGUGCCAUUGACGAGCGGUUGCAAAAGCUCGCUGCUUUAGCUCCUAUCGUCGGUGUCACUGGGGACCAUGGCAUGAGCCAAAAGUCCAAUCAAGCAGGGGAACCCAAUGUUCUCUUCUUGGAGGAAGUGCUCAAUUCCAAAUUUGGACCGGAUGCUUCCAGAGUGAUCUGUCCCAUUACGGAUCCGUUUGUCCGACACCAUGGCGCACUUGGCUCAUUCGUGCGUGUCUAUCUCAAAGAUAUCACACUGCUUGAUGAGAUGGCACUCUUUUGUCAAUCACUCCCAGAAGUCGAGAUUUCUCUGAGUGGCAGGGACGCCGCACAGAAAUAUGAGAUGCCUCUGGACCGUGAAGGAGACAUCGUCGUGAUUUCCAAAGUAAAUGCCGUUAUUGGGAGUACUAAAGCCAACCAUGACCUUUCGAACUUGAAAUAUCAUCCUUUGCGAUCGCAUGGAGGAUUGAGUGAGCAAGACAUACCAGUCAUUAUGUCGAAGCCGCUAAGCAAUACCAACACUGGAGUGACCAAGGGCUGGAGGAACUACGACAUCUUUGAUCUUGUGCUCAACUGA